AUGCCGUUUUCGGAAAUAGAUGCCAUCUAUGGAGUUCUCAGUGAAGAGCAUGCUGGGGCCUUUUCCCCGGGGACGAUGUUGCCAGUAUCUCAAUGCGGCACCACCCUGCUCUGGCAGGCCUUCUGGGAGUGCGUGGUGAUCGCCUGGGUGUACGGAGCCGACCGCUUCAUGGACGACGUGGCCUGCAUGAUCGGGUACCGACCUUGCCCCUGGAUGAAAUGGUGCUGGUCUUUCUUCACCCCGGUGGUGUGCAUGGGCGUCUUCAUCUUCAACGCGGUGUACUACGAGCCGCUGGUCUACAACAACACCUACGUGUACCCGUGGUGGGGCGAGGCCAUGGGCUGGGGCUUCGCGCUCUCCUCCAUGCUGUGUGUGCCCCUCCACCUCCUGGGCUGCCUCCUCAGGGCCAAGGGGACCGUGGCUGAGCGCUGGCAGCACCUGACGCAGCCCGUCUGGGGCCUCCACCACUUGGAGUACAGAGCUCAGGACUCGGAUGUCAGGGGCCUGACCACCCUGACCCCAGUGUCUGAGAGCAGCAAGGUGGUGGUGGUGGAGAGCGUCAUGUGACAGGUGCCCCGGCUCACAUCACCAGCUCACCCUCUCGUAGCCAUAGCAGCCCCUGCUCUAGCCCCCCACCCCCCCAGGGGGCUUGCCUUUCCCUGACACCUAUGGGGUCUGCCGGGGGGGGGGAGGGGAGGAAGCACCAGAGUGCUUAUAACUAAAAUAACUUUUUCCAUUUUUAAUAAAAUGCCAAAAAUAUCACAACCCACCAAAAAUAGAUGCCUCCCCCACCCCCCUUAACCAAGCUGGUGCACACGCUGCUUCCCAAGCCCUGCCGCCCGCCCUCCAGUGCCCGCUACCGUCACGUCUCACCUGACCCCACCAGGCCCUGCCUGCCUCUCUCCAGGCUCUGCCCAGCACACCCCUGGGUGGCCCCUCACCCCAGGGGCAGCAGUGGCAGCUCGGGGAACAGGGGGACUGGAGAGCAGAGGGGGCAGGCGAGGGGGGGGCAGCAGAACCAAGGCGAAUAUUUCAGCUGGGCUAGACCCCUCUCCCCGUCCCUUCUCUAGAAGCUUAGAGAGCCAGCCAGCAAGGGAACCUUCAGUUCCUGAGCCAGUUGCCACCAGUAGCAGUUGUGUGAGCUUGAGUGCAUGUGUGCGUGAGUACAUAGGGUAUAGACAUAGAUCUCUGUUUCUUAG